GCCAUAUCCCGCCAGGCCGUAAGCGAUCUUUGCGCGUGUUCGCGGUUCGUUUGCAGCGAUGGAAGACGGGAUCGGGGAUGCGGCAGGGGCAAGAAGGCUGACACCUAGGGAGAAGUCGCUGUUAGGAACGACCUUGCUUGCAGUUUCUCGGCACAUGCAGACGGUGAACGACCUGCGGCGGGCCAGCGGACAAAACCGUGGUAGACGGGAGGCCGCCAUAGCCCAGACUUUGAUGGACGUGCACUCCUCGACAGGUCUGUGCGAUGCGCCGUUCAUGUUGUCGAAUGCCAUCAUGGCGGGUGUGAUGCCGAGGGAGACGCCGAGGUGGUGGGUGAAAAGAAGGACAAGUGGCACAUGGAGGGACCUCAGCAUCGCCGACGAUGCAAGCGACAAGUAUUUCCAUGAGAAGCUGCGGAUGACGCGGACGGUCUUCGAUGAUAUAGUGGCGGCGUGCAGUCCUUUCUUUCAGCGCACUCUGACUCACUAUCGGAAGCCAUUGCUGCCCGACCAUAUAGUGGCGUACGCAUUGUAUCGGUGGGCGUCUGGAGAGACAUUCGACAGCGGCACGUCGUCGUUCGGCAUAGGGAGGUCUUCAGGCAUCAAGGCCGUCGACGAUGUUACAACUGCCAUCUUGACCGCGUAUCCGGAGAAGAUCACAAUUUCAUCGGGUCGUCGUCUCCUACAGGUCCUCCGAGCGUUCAGCGGGAAAGGUUUCCCGAAUUGCUUCGGCGCCAUUGACUGCACCCACAUUUAUGUGGACAAGCCAGCUAACGCGCCAUCCAAAAACUACUUUGAUUGGAAGCAGCAAUUCUCGGUCGUGGCGCAGGUUGUCGUCGACCACGACAUGCGGAUAAUCGAUGUCUUCGUCGGUUAUCCUGGGUGCGUCCACGACCAGCGCGUGCUGCGGAACUCAUCACUCAUCAGGCGAGCAGAAUCGGGCGAGAUCUUCAAUGCGGACCCCAUCGUCCUCCCAGGAGGGGUGAGGACGACGGGGCACCUACUGGGAGACAAUGGUUACGCGCCGCGGACGUGGAUUGUCGUCCCGUACGGGGGCUCGGAGCAGGCGGGUGACGUGGCACUGUUUGACACGCGUCAGAAGAUUACGAGAGGGGUCAUGGAGAGAGCGUUUGGACGGCUGAAGGGGAUGUGGAGGUUAUUCCUUCGUCAUCACAAGACGAAUAUGAAUAACCUCCUGCAGCAAUUCGUUGUUGUAUGCAUCAUCCACAACCUCCUGCUCGAGGCCGGGGUUGCAUUCGACAAGUUUGCUGCUAGACCGCGUGUGACGGACCCGCCGGGAUGGCGGUCCGUCAGGAUCAAGACGAAGGGAUGAGGAUGGGGGAGAUGGAGAUGGAGCAGGAAGGGACAGCGCAGCUCCAACGCAGACUCAACACGCACGUACUCCAAUCUGUGCAAAUGAAGAAUGCUACAAAAC